AUGGAAACAGCAGUUCCAGUCACAUAUGGCUUUGGCAACCAUGACUUGACGGCGGUACCCCAUCGUCGGAUGAUGGCGCCACCACAGGAUCAUGGAAUGACAUAUUAUUCAAAUCAACCGAUCCCCUACGCGGCAUCCUUACACUCAUCUUCCUACGGAUUCGGACAUAUCUUGAACACCAGCCAUGCCUCUUAUCAAAGUUUCUAUGGAUCUGCACCUCCAACGAGUUCACAGAACAGCCGGUUGCCGGAAUCAGCACCAGUUCAAUCGUUGCCAAACGCUGGCCCGCCUAGAAAUGGCUUGCCCAGACUAACGGAAACAAGUCCGGCGAAAGCCGCUUCGGAACAGCCGUCCCGCUUGCCUCAUCUUCCUUCCAAGCCGGAAGAACCAUCUGACUCAAAAGUCCGCUUGAAGCCCGAAAUCGAGUUCUCGACAGAGGUUGAUACUUUAAUGAAAACUAUACAAGCAAAGCCGAAACUCGUCCAGCCGCAACUGCCUCCUCUGCAUCAAUUUACAAACGGUGUACCAGGCUGGUCGCACCCAGCCUACGGAGGAUCAGCGCCUGGUGGUCAGGGGCUCUUCACUUCACAACCGGAUAGAUCCUUGACUACGAAACAGAAACCAAGAAGGAAAUACGAAUGCAAUCUACCUCAUUGCAGGAAAAGCUUCUACCAGAAGACUCAUCUGGAUAUUCAUAUGCGGGCGCAUACCGGGGACAAGCCAUUUCGGUUUUCUCAGCUGGGAAACUUAAAGACGCAUGAGCGACGGCACACUGGAGAAAAGCCAUACUCUUGCGAAAUAUGUAAUAAAAGAUUCGCACAACGUGGGAAUGUCCGAGCCCACAAAAUCACACAUGAGAAGGCAAAGCCAUUUAUCUGCAGGUUGGAUGAUUGUGGGAAGCAAUUCACACAACUGGGUAACCUUAAGUCGCACCAGAACAAGUUCCAUGCGCAGACUCUUCGGGACUUGACUUUCCGAUUUUCUUCUUUAACCGACACCGAACGCCUAGCGCCACAGGACAUUGAAUUAUGGGAAUAUUUCGCAACUCUAUAUAAAAAUAGCAAUAAAGGAAUUAAAGGGCGUGGGAAGGACCGACGAGUGUCAUCAAGUGCGAAACUUCGAGCUACUACAAGCACUACAAACGUUGACGAAAUGAGCACGACAACGGUAUCUAGUGUGGAGGACGAUAAGGGUCGAAUGAAUAUUUUCCAUCGACCCUCUUACAUGAGUACGCCGAGUAGCGAAGAUGUCGAUUUUCAUGAGCAAAUGUAUUCACGAGGCCCGCAGUAG